AUGAUAGAUAGAUACACUAGGUGGCCAGAAUCUGUCCCGAUGCAAGACAUCAGAGCCGAGACCGUAGCCAGCGAAUCUCAUAGGUGCUGGAUCGCACGAUUCGGUUCCCCAAUUGCUAUUACUACCGACCAAGAUAGGCAGUUCGAGUCGGCAAUUUUUUCAGAGCUUUUGAGAGCGUUCGGCGUCAAACGCUGCCCCACAACGAGCUAUCAUCCGAGUGGCAAUGGCAUGAUCGAGCGCUGGCACAGAUCGUUGAAAGCCGCAAUUAUGUGCCGUGCCGAGUCGCAGAGUUGGACGGAGUUGUUACCAUCGGUGUUGCUCGGCCUGAGAACAAGGCUUUUGAGCGCGAUCGACGCGAGCCCGGCCGAUAUGCUGUACGGCGGUCCCCUGAGAAUACCCGGCGAUCUGUGCGUGGGCGCGGACGCGGAGGUUGACCCGAAGAUUUUCUUAGCAAGUUUAGAGCUCAUAAGAGCCAAGUACGCCCUGUGCUGGUUGCGCAUAAGACGACCCGAAAUCCUUUUGUAA